UGACGGACAGUACCCGCCAAACGUAGAAACGUACAAAGAAGGAAAGCAGACGUGUUUGGGGAAAAAAGUGUGCUGUGUCUCCUAAAGAGCUCUCCUAAAUGGCGAACAUUGACAGUUUAAUCCUGAAGCUGUAUGAUGUGAACGCGGUGAAGUUCGGCGAGUACGAGCUGAAGACCGGCUUGAAGUCGCCGAUCUACAUCGACUUCAGAGUUCUUGUCUCUCAUCCUGUUCUUAUGAACGAGGUUUCCAGUCUCAUGUAUCAGCGAGCGCAAGAUGAGAAACUUAUGUUUGACUUGGUGUGUGGGGUUCCCUAUACGGCCCUGCCUCUGGCCACCAUCAUCUGCUCAAGAAAUGAACUGCCCAUGGUCAUCAAGAGAAAAGAGGCCAAAGACUACGGAACUAAGAAGAUGGUGGAGGGGUCGUUCUCUGAGGGCGAUAAGUGUUUGAUCAUCGAGGACACGGUGACCAGUGGUAGCAGCAUCCUAGAGACGGCAGAAGUUCUUCAAAAAGAAGGGCUGGAGGUGACAGACGCCAUUGUUCUGAUGGACAGAAUGCAAGGAGGGAUGGAGAUGCUCAAGUCUCAGGGAAUCCGGCUCCUACCAAUCAUCUCCAUGUUUAAACUGCUUGAUGUGCUGUGUGCAGCUGGACACAUCGAUGAUGCAACCGACCAGAGAGUGCGCGAGUACAUCCAGGACAAUGGCACUUACAAGCCUAAGAUGAACAGCCAUGGGUCUCCAGCUGCCAAGAAGCAGCGAGUGGAACCGGAGCCAAAAUUGACAUAUGCAGAUAGAGCUGCACUUCCUGGCACCCACCCUGUGGCACGCAGGCUGCUAGAGAUCAUGGAGGAUAAGAAGACCAACCUCUGCUGUGCCGCUGACGUGACGAGCAGCGAGGAGCUUCUCCAGCUGGCUAAGUUACUCGGUCCAAAGAUCUGCAUUUUGAAGACUCACUGUGACAUCCUGGAGGAUUUCUCAGAAGAGUUCAGCCAGAAACUCAAAGAGGUGGCAGAGAAACACAACUUUCUUAUAUUUGAAGAUCGCAAGUUUGCUGAUAUUGGAAAUACAGUCAAGCAUCAGUAUGAGGGCGGGUUUUACCGGAUCUCGUCUUGGUCACACAUUGUCAACGCCCAUGCUGUGCCGGGGCCCGGGGUCCUGAAAGGCCUGAGUGCUGUGGCGAAUCCUCUGGGGCACGGCGGUUUGCUCAUUGCACAGAUGAGCUCCCAAGGGUCUCUGGCUACUGGUGAAUACACAAAAACUGUGGUGAAGAUGGCAGAGGAGCACCGAGACUUUGUGUUUGGAUUCAUCUGUUGCUCUAAGAUAACUGAAAAACCUGAAUUUAUCCACCUGACCCCUGGUGUGCAGAUACAAGCUGGAGGAGAUAAGUUGGGCCAACAGUACAAAACCCCAGAAGAGGUGAUCAACAAAGGAUCAGACGUCAUCAUUGUGGGACGAGGCAUUUUAGAGGCCGCCGAUCAGCUCAAGGCUGCUGAGUUGUACAGAAAGUCUGGUUGGGAAGCUUACAAACAAAAAGCCCAAACAAAAGUGGAUCUGGCGACGAGUAAUCCGUAUCUGCGGUGCUGUAUUGUAAUGCUGCGUAUUAUUGUCCUCAUUUUCUUAGCGGUAUUUUGUAUAGGUGUCACAAUUUAUUCAGUCCAAACUCUUGACCCCACUGUGAGUUGUACUGUUGUAUUUGAUUGGCUUUUUUCACAUCAUGGCUAGGGGACUAAAGAUGGAAAAAUAGCCUUUUGGCUAAUUCUGGGUUAUUUAACUCUCUAGAAUGUGUUUUAGUAAAUUACACUGUCCCCUUUCAAAUAAAUGAAUUGAAUCAAA